AGCAGGCAUGUUACGCGCGCUUUUUUAAAGGGGCAGUGGCACUGCAGUCGCGUAGGUUUUUGUUUUUGUUUGCCACUCCGACCUGUGAUCAAUGGCCACCUUGAUGUCACAGGAGAUUUGAUCUUUCAAAAAAUAGAGUUUCUCCCUUGUAAUUCAGGAUGUAUAAUGGAAUCGGACUGCAGACUGCGCGUGGCUCUGGCACCAACGGCUACGUGCAGCGCAACUGGGCUGCCAUCCGUGUUUCAAAGGAUAAAGUGACUGUUUGCACCGAAGCUGACGCUCAGGCCUUUGAGGCCGCAUCCAGUAGACAACCGAAUGUGGAAAUCCUCGAGCAUGAGCGCAAAAGGAAGCUGGAAAUCAAGUGCGCCGAACUAGAGGACGCCCUUGAGGAACAGGGAUUCAGUGCGUCAGAAAUCGAAGUCAAAGUUGCCGCUCUGAGGAAGCUGCUGACUGAAACUGGCGCAGCACGCGAUGUGAAGCGAGACCAAUGGGGUCGAGAAGCCCCGACAGAAACACACGAGACUGCUGAUGCGCAGCAACGCAAAAACCAGCGCCUGAAAGAAGCGUUUGGCAUAUCAGACGACCAUGUUCCAAUGCACUCGGCACCUGCCCCAUCGGAACAGGAGAAAGCAGCCAAAGCUGCCCUCGCAAUUAAGGAGGCCCCAAAAGUUGAAAGUCCUCCACGCAACAGGAGGUACGGCCUGGUGAGGACGCCUUCGCCGGAGCCAGUUGAUGCCAAGAAGAAAAAGAAGAAGCGCUCGAGGUCGCGGUCAAGGGACAAAGAAAGGUCGUCGAGGAAAAGGGAGAAGAAGCAUAGGCGGCACCGCAGCAGAAGUCGAUAAAGUUAACCAGAUGAAGCUCUCUUCUGUAUAUAAUGCUAAGCCUCUAUUUUAAGUAAGCUAACUUUUUGAGAGCAGCAAUGUGUAAAACUGCAAUAAAUCUCGCUUAGUAUGUAUCA